AUGGAAAAAUAUCAUGGUUUAGAAAAAAUUGGAGAAGGUACAUAUGGUGUGGUUUACAAAGCACAAAAUAAUUAUGGAGAAACAUUUGCAUUGAAAAAAAUAAGAUUAGAAAAAGAAGAUGAAGGAAUUCCUUCAACAGCUAUAAGAGAAAUUAGCAUUUUAAAAGAAUUAAAACAUUCAAAUAUAGUUAAGUUGUAUGAUGUCAUACACACAAAAAAAAGAUUAAUAUUAGUUUUUGAACAUCUUGAUCAGGACCUUAAAAAACUCUUAGAUGUUUGUGAUGGUGGUCUAGAAUCAGUAACAGCUAAAUCUUUUUUACUUCAACUUCUAAAUGGUAUAGCAUAUUGCCAUGAACAUAGAGUUUUACAUCGUGAUUUAAAACCUCAAAAUUUAUUAAUAAAUAGAGAAGGAGAAUUAAAAAUUGCAGAUUUUGGAUUAGCUAGAGCUUUUGGUAUACCUGUAAGAAAAUAUACACAUGAAGUAGUAACAUUGUGGUAUAGGGCUCCAGAUGUUUUAAUGGGAUCUAAAAAGUAUUCAACUACAAUAGAUAUAUGGAGUGUUGGAUGUAUAUUUGCUGAAAUGGUAAAUGGUAGACCAUUAUUUCCAGGUGUAUCUGAAACAGAUCAGUUAAUGAGGAUAUUCAAAAUUUUAGGAACACCAAACUCCCAAAAUUGGCCCAGUGUUACUGAAUUGCCUAAAUAUGAUCCAAAUUUUACAGUUUAUGAGCCAUUACCAUGGGAAUCUUUUUUAAAAGGAUUAGAUGAGUCUGGAAUUGAUUUACUUUCAAAAAUGUUAAAACUUGAUCCAAAUCAAAGAAUUACUGCAAAACAAGCUUUAGAGCAUGCAUACUUUAAGGAAAAUAAUUAA